AUGGUGUUAAGAAAUGGCAUAAAGUAUGCCUGUGAACGGUGCAUUAGAGGCCAUAGAGUUACCACGUGUAAUCACAGUGACCAGCCUUUGAUGAUGAUAAAGCCCAAAGGAAGACCAUCUACAACAUGUGCUUACUGUAAGGAACUAAGAAAAAAUAAGUCUGCCAAGCUGCAAGGAACGUGUACUUGUGGCAGACAGGAGAAAAGACGAUUGGCGCAGAAGGCAAAAGAAGAUGCCAGAGCUAAAGCGAAGGAAUUAGAAAGAAGUAACUGUAAAUGCAGUGCAGAUACUACCUGCACACAUCAUGGUAGUAAACCACAAAACAAGAAGCUUCGAGGCAAAUUUUUGGAAAGAGCAACUUCAUCUACCUCAUUGGAUAGUGCUUUUUUAUCCUCACAUAGUAUUUAUUCAGAUUCAUCUAAUUUUUCAAGUACUUUCCUAGAUAGCGAUAUCAAUCCUGGAAGGAUUUCUAAAGAUUACCAUCAUGUGGCAUCACUAGCUUCGAUUUCAUCGCUGCAAUCAUCUCAAUCUUUGGACCAAAGCCUAUCCUCUCCCCACAGUCCUCCGUCGCAUCCACAGUUCAAUUUUUUAUCAGAUUUCGAUAGCCUGACCCAGUCAACCUCUCAAGUUAACCUUUUAGAAAAUGUAGAUUUCACCCCCAACUCGACUAACAAACUGAAAGAACAUAUUUCAAGCGGUAGAUCGAACGUGGGGGAGGUUUUAGUUCCAUUGGAGGAAUAUAUUCCGCCUGAUAUUGAUGGUAUAGGAAAUGUAAAUGACAAGACAAAUAUGCUUAACGGAUUUUCCCCAAAUGACAACUCGAUUAAAGACAAUCAAAAUGAAACGCCUCCAAAUAGAACUGGCUUGGAUAGUGCAACUAUCCAGACAAAUCCAAGAGAAGCUGGGCAAAUAAGAAUGCAUCCAUCACAUGGACUUUUUGAUAUGUUUUCAGAUGUAUCAUCAAUUUCAACAUUAUCAAGAGCCAAUUUAUUACUACAGAAACAUAAUGUAAAAAAUGUAGAACCGGAAGAGGGAAUUUCUAGAGAUAUUCGGCACAGUACUGACUUUAAUGGUGUGAGAUCAAACUUUGCAGGACAGAUGCAGUCGUAUAAAGAGAAUUCAACUAAUAAUGUUGGAGAAGCACAAAGUACGCAAAGUGUGGAAGUUUUAUCCAUCACACCAAGUUUUAUGGAUAUUCCUAGUUGCGAGCAUAUCGGUGGUCGGAACUAUUCCGCUCAGUGCAAUUCUGUCGCUGCUAAGGUUAGGUCAUCCAGUAUAGAUAAGAACCACAAGUACCCUAAAAAUAUCAACGAUGCCAACAUAUCUUCAAUGAUUAAAGAAGAAAACAACGAGUUCGGCGGUUUUGAAGCAAAUGUAGAAACAGAAAAUAACAGCCGACGUAUAGUAUCUUCAUCAGACUUGCAGAUAACCCCUGGAGAAAUUACAGGCCCAAUUGUUGUAAAAGAAGAAAUUCCUGAAAAUUCAACUGUUGACACGGCCCAAAGUUGGGUAUUAAAUAGUCCUCUCUUAAGUGAGCAAGGGUUUGCAGAUUUGGACAACUUUAUGUCCACUCUGUAA